GCUUCCAGGGCCGCCAGCAAGAAGUCAAAGCAGCAGGAGGAGGCAGAUGGUGGUAUCCCGUAUCUCGACGUCCGAAUGGCCACCUGCAGCACCUGCCACCAGAACACUCACGGUUGGGAGACGGACGCCAAAGAUGGCAGGACAGAGCCGUUGUGGUGGACGAAUGGCGAGAAGAGCAACAAGACGGGCCUCUGGGUACCGAUGGGCGCUGAAUGCGGUGGAUGCGGGUACGUGCGCAACCGCUACUACGAGAAAGGCACGAGCCAACAAGAGGUCAACAGAAAACUCGCAGAGGAAGAGGGCGAGGCUGAGCGCCACCAGAGGCUCCGCGCAGAGAAGGUCACAGGAGGGUGCAAGUUCGCCCACACCGAUUCAGCCAAUACAAAGUCCAAGACCAGCGUUGAGAAGCAAUCGUUUAGAGAGGCGGCCGAGGAGGGUACCUGCACUCCGUUGAAGGAGUUCGCGAGGAUCAAGGGGCUCAGUUUCCCGACCGAGAACCAACUGGAGGAGUGCAUCACCAAGACCAUGGGUUUCGAGAUCGAGGAUGCCGACGGCGGGCGGGUCGUCGUCCAACCAGAUUUGCCAGCAGGAUCGCACAGGCACAGGCGCGGCAAGAGAGACGUCGCAAAACAGAUGGUCGUGGAGGGGCACGUUGACCAGGCAGCGGCUGAACAGCGCCACGCAGAGAAUGUGCAAGAGGGUGCCCUUGGCACGCCUGAGCGCCGCGUCUUGGGCAAGACGUCCUUCCCGCCAGUUGCGACCCACCGCUCGAUUCCGAGGAGCCAGCGACCCCUGUCGAGCUCUUGGUCUUGGUCCUUGCCCAAUGAAGCCUUCGACGAGGAUCCUGAUCAUGACCAUGACAUUGCUAGACUGAGCGACGUGGACUCCAGCAUCGCAAGCUCGACGAUCUGCACGCCCGCGCCCAACGCCCCUCAAAGGGUGGAGCGCUGCCUCCUGUCGGCGAGAGGGGAGCGCAAGAGGAAGCGCAUUUCUGAAGGUGACCUGUCCGCCGCCGGGGCAGCAGAAGCAGCGCUGAACGAUGCGGAUGAGUACUUCUCGGCUGACAUCCUGUGGAGCGGGAAGUACAAGAAGAGGGACUUCGAGAACCAGCGCACGAAGCUGGCUGCCAACGCAGCCAAAGCAGCAGCCUCCGUCGGGGUGGCCGACUCGGCGGAGGUGCCCGAGAAGCUCUUCAAGAAAAGCGUAGACAUUUACACGAUGAAGGAGACUUUGGAUCUGUUCAAGGAUCGGCCGCAGGACUUCGUGGAGAAGCUGGACGGCUUGCCAGGCAAGUUCAACGACAGAUUCAAGUCCUGUCCCCAAGGGGCCCAAGCCAACAUGCUGUCGAGCACCGUGUUCACCUUGCUGUCGACGGGUGACAUUGCCAACGAGGUCAUGGCCCUGAAGGUGGCGAAGUACGACGACUGCUGCGACCACUUCUCGGUGGCGACCCUGGCGAAGUCUGGGUGCUCGGAGGCUUUUGUGUCGAGUUGUCAGGUGAACCUCGUGGCGAGCUUCAUCGACAAGAUGGUCAAGAAGCCCAAUCGCGACGACUUCGCCAAGCUGAUGAAGUCUGGCGAGUGCACGGUUGGGAAGGUCAACAUCGCAGAUUUGGACACGGGCAACAGCAUGAUCGACGUUGUCAUGGGCUGGACCCCUCAGUGCGCUGCCGACUUGUACUCGAUGGGGUUCUUCGGGAGGGUCUUGGGGGCCAGUGCAGGGGACAAGCUACCCAGGGGCCUUCGCCCCGAAGGGAUUCAUCUCGCCUCUCACAAGGGCAAGAUCGGCAACCGCCUUCAGUGCUACAUGAAGGUGUCGGGCGGUAACGUCAGCCAUGCCAAGGUCGCCUGGGAGCGCAUUCCAAUUCCAGGGCGCGGCGGGGGAAACGGCGCAUCCCUGGCGGACAACGUCGUCAACGAUGUGGCGAAGUGCGUGCACGAGCUGGAGAAGUACGCCAACGUCGAGGAGCAAGGCAGCGCCAGCGCAGUGGAACGUACUUUCUCGGCGCUCCAAGACGUCAUCAUGUCCAACUCCGCGGCAACGUUCAGCAAGUACAUGGACGCCGUCGACGACGAGGGCGACCACGAGGGCCAGCAACUCUACAAGCUCAAGGGCGACUUGGUGUCGAACAUCUUCCGCGCGCAGCAGGUCGUCGUCGACUUCUCGGGCGGGCUCGCUGGUUUCGUGGGCUCCAUCUUCAGCGAUGACUUCUCGAGCUAUGUGGACGUGGAGGCCUCGCAGCGCUGCGAGGUCGCAGUGAAAGUCUGCGAAGCGAAGGCCCACACCGCGAAGAGGUGCGACGAGUCCAGGCUUGCUUCGUGGUCGGAGAUUUGGGAGUUAGAGUCGAAAGUGCAGGUCGCGCCAAAGGCGAAUUCUGGGAGCAGGGCACAUCCAUUUCAAGAGAUUGUCGAUUGUAUUUCGAAGAUGUCGUCGGAGGGCGUGAUCCUCUCCGCGGUCAGGCCAAUCGUGGGAUCACCGAAGUGCGAGCUCGCAACUCAGAACUUCUUCUUCGUCAUUGCCGAGCUCGUCGGGGCCUUGCCUCCAGCGGUCAGCGCGCUCGUCGAGUCGGCGAAGGCGUGCAGGUCCAUCAAGGUCACUGCGGAACAGGUGCUCGCAGGCAAUGCCGUCGGGUGCAUGCAAAGUACCAGUGCCCUGCGUCUCGUCGAGUCGCUGAUCGAGCCAGUGUCCACCAAGACCGAGGUGCAGGAGUGGAGAGUGGCGCUCAUGGUGCAGCGGGGCACCUCGUUCCAAGAGCUAGUGGAGAAGCUCGACCCGAUGUGCAUGACAGCCUUCAUCAGGAAGUACAGGGAUCCG